CCAUUAGAAAUUCUGCUGGUAUCGACUGCAUUAAAAUAGUCAACAAAGAUCAGAAAGAGAUAACAAAAUCCAAACAGUUUACGAUAAAAUCAUCAAAUAUCAGUCUGGACUAUUACUUAAAGAUCACAGACAACUGCCAUUUAUUUCAUGCUUCCAGGGGCUAUAUUGACCAUCCUCUUUCUAAGAUGGAAUAUGCAUUCCCAAUGGCCUUUUCUAUACUGGUUUACAGAGACAUUGAACAAGUUGAAAGACUCUUGCGUUUAAUAUAUAGACCUCACAAUUUUUACUGCAUACAUUUGGAUAACAAAAUGAAAACAGCUGAGAAGGAAACCUUCCAGAAGAUAGCAAAUUGUUUGAACAACGUGUUUAUCGUUAAAGAACCAGUCAAUGUAGCAUGGGGAGAAUUUUCACUUUUAGAGGCAGAACUGCUAUGCAUGAGAACACUUGAGCCCUAUAAACAAUGGAAAUAUUACAUCAACCUUACCGGACAAGAAUUUCCAUUGAAAACCAACCGCCAGCUAGUUGCUAUCCUAAAAAGCAUAGACGGGGCAAACGUUGUUUACGGAUCUUUAAAAGCGUUUGAAUACUACAGUAGACGCUGGUCUAUGGUUAAAGCGCCACCACCUCGUAACAUAACAUUAGUCAAAGGAUCGAUGCAUGUUGCUGCCAACAGGCACUUAGUCGAAUUCUGCCUUCACGACCCAGUGUCACUUGAAUUCAUAGAAUGGUUAAAAGAAACAUGGAUUCCAGAUGAGUCUUUCUUCUCUUCAUUAAAUCAUAAUCCACAGUUGGGUAUACCAGGAUCUUUUCUCGGAGAACCAGAGGAAUACUGUUUGAAGCCGUUUUUCCUCCGUUACGUCAUCUGGCAGUUUAAAGGCUAUCGUGAUCAUGUUAAAACCUGCUAUGGAAAAUUUGUAAGACAAGUGUGUGUACUUGGAGUUGAGGAUCUACCCAGCGCGUACACUAGUGUUGGACUGUUUGCUAAUAAGUUUUACCUUGAUUUUGAACCUAUAGCUCUUGACUGUUUAGAAGAGCUGCUGUAUGAGAGAACAUGGAAAGAGUAUCUCGAAGACAUUUCUAUAGAUACGUCUUAUUAUAGUCAUUUAGACUACGCCAAACUGCAGUUAAAGCCAUGACACUCAUUUCGUUUAUGAACACCUUUUUUACUUUUUAUUUUUCGUUGAUACACAAGUAUUCUAUAUUUUUUUCCUAUAUUUUAGUUAUUUCUGUGAUUUAUCGGUUUAUCGAUGUUGUAGAAAAUUAACUAUUGUGAGUGCAUACAAUAUGUAUGAUAUCGGCCUUUUACAUAGGAAUGUUUAUAGGUUUUAUGGAUGUUUGAAAUUUACUCCAUCACCUGUUCAUUUAUUUAAUUUUUUGUAUUAUCAUGCAACAGAGAAAUAUGCAGGGUUAGACACAGUCAGGACUAAACGGAUCUUACAUGACUGCCUGUAUAAGACAGGGUUUUCCCAAACCCGAGGGGCAGCGUGGAAUGGAAAACCGAGCGCUAGCGAGGUAUUUUAUCCACGCUGUCUCGAAGGUUGGGAAAACACCUGCUUUACUCAGGCAGACAUGUUAGGUCAUUCUUCUUGCCUACUGUUGAUACUAUUGCAAUAUUUUCGAAGACAUUUCAAAUUAAAAAUUGUGCAUAGUAUUACUCUGUGACGUGUUAUUUUUAGCUGUUUAAAUGUCAAACCUCCAUAAGUGGUUGAACUAAUUAUUUUCAUGUUUAUUUGUCAUAAGGAAUGUUUUGGUAGCUUCCCCUGUGUUUCUUAGUAUUUGUUUUAGUUACUUUGUGUGUUUUGCCUGCUUUACUUCUGUGUAUCCUUGUUUUUUUUUUUUUUUUUUUUUUUUUUUUUUUUUUUUUUUUUUUUGUUUCAUCCCCAACUUUGAGCGUGAAAUAUACGAGAACCGCAAACCUUGUCGGUAUUAAUUUUUUUGCCUUGUGCGCCGUUGUAGUUGUUUCCCUUUACACUAAAAUAUCGAUAAACCGACUGCUUGGCAUUUAUAGGUAAACUCGGCUCUAGAUUUUUGAGCAACGCGUCUUGGUUAGAUAGAAUUAUUGAAGUAUGCAAAUUAAAGCAGAAUAUAACACAUCUUUAAGCUACUGUAAUUAAUUGUAUUUUAUGGACUUUGCUAGAUACCGACAUUGUUCCAUGAGUUAUAAAUAAUAAUAUUAUAUUAAACAAUUAGUAAAAUGUACGACUUUACAGAAAAAAUACUUGUUUAUCAUGCGUAUGUAAUGUGUAUUUUCUGUCAUGUAUAUGCUGAGUGAAGUUAUAAGUUUCGUUGAAUGCAUGGACCGAAAAUAUAAAAAUAAAAAAGUUUUUUUAGUUUUUAGCUUAGUUAUAGCCUGUUGUAUACUGGUAAUGCCGAUCUUAAUAUUUUUAUUUGUCUAGAGUCAGUUAUGUUUUUAGUUGUUGUAAGAUGCUUUAAUGUGCUUUAAUAUGUAUGUGGUAAAUUGUGAUUUUCUUAGUGUCAGCUAUGUUUUAUGCUGCUUUAAAUGUGCUUUAACAUGUACGCAAUUUCUUACAGCUGUUUUACUUAUGUUGACCUUAUCUACUUGUGUUUUUCGGAAAAUAAUGACAUAUGUUGUAUUUAUCCGACGUUAAUACAUUUUCUUGUAUCAUGUAUCUUGAAGAUCAUCAAAACCCAGGGCAUAGUGUAUGGUCAGUCAGGUGUAAAACUACUACAUUUAGAUAUUGCAACCAAAAUUGUCACAUACUGGGGUAGCGAGUAUCAUCGACAUACUCUAGUUUGUCAUAUUUACUCCAUUCUGUUGCCUGAGUUUGAAAUGAUUAAGAAAUGUUAGACAUUUCUGUUUCAUAAACUAUUAAUUGUGCAACGUAUUGAACGGUACAACAGUGAUAUUUUGAAUCACAGCCAUUUAUCAAACAUGUUUCUUCGUUUAAACGUUUUAUAUAUAUAUAGCUAUAAUGUCGAUCUCUCACAGACAACUCGGUGAUUUUGAAUAUCAUUUAUUAUAUAUAACAUUAUGCCAUUCCUAUUCUGGUGUGCGAGUAUAUUAAGUGUUUCUUUGUUUAUCUUAGCAGACUAGAAAUCAAACUAAAACCCUAGAAGUUUUUGAACAUUAGUGACCCAAACAUUUCUUAUUACUCUAUUAAGUUGUCAGUUUUAUCAAACUUUAAGCAUAAGUCAUGUUGAAGUCUGUUGAACAUUUGCAGGUUGGGAGAACUUCAAUUACUGUUGAAAUCGUUUUUAUUUGGGUAAUAUAAUAGGAAAAUACUUACAUAUACGAUGGAAUAUUGAAUUUUUUUAAUUUGAUUUGCACAUUGUUGUUGUUUGCGUAGUCAUUAUGUUCAUGAAAUUUAAGAUUUUCAGCUUAGCUAAGCAAGGUGCGCACCGGGGGAAGAAGUUAACCUUCGAUUUCUCUUGAUGAUGAUCAAUUACUAAAGACUUUCAAAUUAGAAUAAAUCACUUUAGUUUGUGGUAGCAAAACUACUAAAUAUCCUCUAUUUGAUAUGUGCCUUCUGAUAUUCAACGUAAUUUAAGACUUAGUAAUUAAAGGUUUAUCAUUUCAGCGCCCACAUGUUCCUUGCCCCGAUUAUUAUAGAAUAUAGGUCAAAAUCUAUGUUAUACAACUCACGCCGAAAAUCAAAACGACACCACUUACACAACAUCAAUGCAUAACAUUAUGACUUCUGCGGAAUGGUUGGAUUAAUCCCUACCUAAACGAUCUUGAGAGCAUCUGCGAUAAACCAAGCUGUCAUUGAUAGCAUGCUUGGACAAAGUAGCAUCAUUAAGGUAGCAGUUGGUAGUUUCCAGCCACAGAUUCGAAUUGGCCAGGGUUAAAAUCUGUCAUUAGAGAUAAAACCUUGAAGUAAAGGCUGUUUUGAUGUUUGAAAUAUUUGUUGAUGUGAGUUUUUGAUUAACAAGUUUAAGAAUGGUAUGUUGCAGAAAUUCUGGCAGAUGCGAAUGUAAGCUUGAUGGCAUUAUUUUCGUAUUCAGCUUCUCGUGAACUGUCAAAUAUCAUAUAAGCCUCACACAGUUGAAAAUAGUGAAAUAAGUAAUCGGUUGACAGGUAUUUUUGUCCAGGUCUGCAAGUAAUACUUGAAACUGGGUACAGAAUGCAUGUGGCAAUUUGGCUCUAUCAUUUCCCCUAACAUUUUAAGGCCACUUUGAGAAAUGGCUAAUUUGGGCUGAAAUGUCAUGUAUUUUCGCGGGCUGAAAUUAUCUUUCAGGUGGCUUGUGGAUUUAAAAAUCUAUGCUUUGUAUGAAGUUUACUAUGUAUUUUAUUUCUUUUUCAAGUAAGAUGUAAACAGGUAUCUUUUUAU